CGAGUCCAUCACUUUUGAAGUCGAUGAAGCCACCAGCACCGAACCGGAAACUAAUUGCGGUGGAAAUGGCAGGGAAAAUACUUUCAAGGUUAAACUAAGAGAUGAAGAGUAUAUAACUUCUUUUGCUGGAUACCUCAAAACUGCAAAUGAUAGUGGCACUCUAAUCAGCUCGCUCACAUUUCAAACCAACGAAAGAUUAUUGGGACCCAUUGGCAGAGAGGAAGGGCUGUACUUCUCCUUACCAUCAAAAGAAGCUGGGAAAGUAAUCAGGAUUUUCGGGAGAAGUGGUGAUUAUCUCGAAUCUAUCGGAGCACAAAUCAAGCCAUGCUAUCCCCUCAAGCGUGUGGGGCUACUUAGGUCGGAAAGUGUGUCAAAGUGGGAUGAUCAGUGUACGCACACCAAUGUAAGGAAAAUCACUGUGGAACAUAAGUCAAAGAGAAAGCGAUCCGUCCAAUCAAUCAAGAUUCAAUACGAAGAUGAGAAUAACAAAUUGUUGCAUUCAGAGACAUAUGAUGGCAGUAUUGCCAAAAAGAACUUCAAGUUAAGGAAGAAGACCACCCAAACGAUCGAAAUACGUGAACCAGAUGGGCAUUCGACUUCAAUAUCCGGGUGUACGUGUCAACCAGACAGAGAAACGAUUAGAGGAACCAUGUCUUCUACUUCUUAUCAAUGGGAACACGCCGUAUUCGUGAGUUUCAGUGGCUCCGACGGGAGGAAUACCUUCAUAUCGCACCUCUUCGAACGGCUGAAACGGAAGAAGAUUCUUUACUUCUACGACAAGGACCGAAGAUACGCUGGGAUGAAUAUUGAGGACAAGAUCUUCGGAGCAAUCCACCAUGCAAGGAUCGCCAUCACUGUGUUCUCCGCAAACUUUGCCCACUCCAAGUGGUGCAUGAACGAGCUGGUCGAGAUCCUCAACUGCAGAAGGGACCGCCGCCACCCCGUAUUUAUUCCCAUCUUUUACAUUCGCUUGGCUGAGGUUAAGACGUUGAGGGAAAGCAAAUUCGAGCAAGCCCUCGAGAAAUUCGAUGGGAAAGAGAGAGAUAAUAAGCAGAGAGACUGGAAGGCCGCCAUAGCAGAGGCUACGGAAAUUCAUGGUUUCGAAUUGGAGAAUGACGCCCAUGGCAAUGAAGCGGCGCUCAUUGAUCUAAUAGUCGACCGCAUUGUCAAGGAGGUUCGGCCUCUCGACUCUGUGGAAAACGCAAUUCCUCUUCCACAUCAUGUUAAGGUAUGUAGGCCUUCUGGAGGCGAAGGCGAGAGAUCCUGGGAUUUUGCUGGUAUAAAAGGGAUUGAUGUUCACCACGCAGACUACACCGAGUCCAUCACUUUUGAAGACGACGAAGCCACCAGCUCUGAACCGCAUAUGGCGGAGAGUACUUUCAAGGUUGUAUCAAAAGACUCUUUCCUUUUCUCUUUAUUCCGUUUCUACUUGAAUGCUAUAAGUUUAUUCACCUAGCUUAUCAUAACGUUAGUCUGAUUAUGGCAUUA